GUUCGCAUCGGCAUGAAUCGUUAAAGGCUCCUUCCGAAAGGGGAAAAUAUUGAAAAGUGCCCUACAAUAACUUCUGUGUGCCUCUUCUCCUUCGUAACUCUAAUCUCUCUGCUAUGUAUGUGUUUGUGGGAGCCUUCUGUUAGAUGUUCUUCUCCUAUUUUCUACUUCUUUUUCUCCCCUUCUCCUUCCCAUUUCCUCUCUUCAUUUUUCUUCUUCUUAUUUACCCUUCAUCCCUUUCCCUUACUUCUAUUUCAUGGCAAUUUAAAGUGUAGAUGAUCCGCAAAAGUAUAAAGAUGUUCCAUAUAGUGCUCUUUGUGGUUUUGACAUUGUCAACAUUGACGCAUGCCAUUAUCCAUCCCAUUGAAAUAAGAGGCAAUCAUUUUUAUGAUUCGAUCACUAAUAAACCUUUCUUCAUCAAAGGAGUGGACUAUCAGCCCGGGGGAUCUAGUGGAGUGAAUGAACAUUCUGAUCCUCUUUCCAAUCCCGCUUUAUGUGCCAGAGAUAUUUUCUUAUUUCAGGAGUUGGGAAUAAAUACAAUUAGAGUAUACUCCGUCAAUCCAAGUUUAAAUCACGACAAAUGCAUGACAUUGUUGGCAGCAGCUGGAAUUUACUUAGUUUUAGAUGUUAACUCUCCUAUGGUUGGUCAACAUUUAAAUAGAUACGAGCCUUGGACUACUUACAACGACAAAUACGUAGGUCAUGUUUUCCAUGUGGUUAAUGAAUUCUCGGGCUAUAACAAUACAUUGGCGUUUUUUGCAGGGAAUGAAAUUGUCAAUGACAAAACAUCAGCGACUAAUUCACCUGUCUAUAUUAAGGCGGUUAUUAGAGAUAUGAAACAUUUUAUCAAGUCUAAUAGUGCCAGAAUAAUCCCUGUUGGUUACUCAGCAGCAGAUGAUUUGUCAUAUAGAAUAUCGUUGGCUGACUACUUGGAGUGUUAUGAAACAGAUCCUUUAGAGACAGUUGAUUUCUAUGGUGUCAAUACUUACCAAUGGUGUGGUGAGCAGACUUUUAUCACAUCAGGAUAUAAUAAUUUGGUAAGAGACUAUUCUACUUAUUCUAAACCAAUUUUCUUUUCAGAAUAUGGUUGUAAUGAAGUCUUACCAAGGCUUUUCAAAGAAGUUUCUUCAAUUUAUUCAUCGGAAAUGACAAGCGUUUUUUCGGGUGGUCUUGUUUAUGAGUUUGCUCAAGAACCAAACAACUAUGGUUUAGUGGAUUAUGAUGAGUUUGGAAAUGUUAAGCUAUUACCAGACUUCUUUGCAUUUAAGGAACAAAUAUCAAAAGUUCAAGAUGUUCCAUUGUCAAAGAAACUCUUGCUACAAAAUCAGCAAAAUUUCGAAAGUAAAAAUGUUAGAAAGCAAAAACCAAAGCGGAAAGUGUGUGAAUUAAAAUAUGCCAAUCUUGAUAUAUCCAAGGGAAUACCAAGAUCAAUGGGUGAAUCCAUUGUCAAAUCUUUCAAUAACCAAGAAAAGGGCAAAUUCGUCCCAUUAACUCAAGAAGAUAUGACUAGUAAUUUCAAGAUAUUUUCGGUAGAUGGUACUGUAUUCAAUAAAAAACCGAUUGUAAAGCCUGUUCCUGAACCACUAGCAGAUCCUAAAGAUUCAAUAUCAUUAACUUCGAAACUUAAUCCACUAUUCUCUCUAAUUUGUGGUAUUUCUAUUCAAUCAUUGUUAAAUGGUUUAUUCUGAUGAUUGCUCAAGAGUAUAGCAAUACUUAUUCAGGCUUGUUUUUUGCUUAGUGUAAUGUUGUAAUUCAUGUGUAAAUUU